UUCAGUACCGCCACUGGAACCGGGAGAUGCGGCGCAGGAGCUGUCGCUGUGUUUGCUUUAACCUGAGUCUUGUUCCUUAUUGUGGUUCCAGCUACGGUUUUCAUCAUGUUGUUACCCUCGGACGUAGCCCGGCUUGUAUUGGGUUACUUACAGCAAGAAAACCUCAUUUCUACCUGCCAGACUUUUAUUUUGGAAAGUUCAGAUUUAAAAGAAUAUGCAGAACACUGUACAGAUGAAGGGUUUAUUCCAGCAUGCUUACUGUCCUUAUUUGGAAAAAACUUGACAACAAUUUUAAAUGAGUAUGUAGCUAUGAAAACAAAAGAAACAUCAAAUAAUGUCCCAGCAAUAAUGUCAUCUUUAUGGAAGAAAUUGGACCAUACACUUUCUCAGAUCAGGAGCAUGCAAAGUUCCCCAAGGUUUGCUGGCAGUCAGAGAGCCCGAACAAGAACUGGAAUUGCAGAAAUCAAACGGCAGAGAAAGCUUGCAUCUCAAACAGCUCCAGCCAGUGCAGAGUUGCUCACUUUACCUUACCUUUCAGGACAGUUUACCCCUUCUUCUUCCACAGGUACACAAGUUACUCGACCAAGUGGCCAAAUUUCAGAUCCAUCAAGGUCAUAUUUUGUAGUGGUCAACCAUUCACAGUCACAAGAUACUGUAACCACUGGAGAAGCUUUAAACGUCAUUCCUGGUGCUCAGGAAAAGAAAGCACAUGCCAGUUUAAUGUCUCCCGGUAGACGCAAAAGUGAAUCUCAGAGAAAAAGUACCACUUUGUCUGGCCCUCAUUCAACAAUACGGAAUUUCCAAGAUCCAAACGCAUUUGCAGUAGAAAAACAAAUGGUUAUUGAAAAUGCACGAGAAAAAAUACUAAGCAACAAAUCUCUUCAAGAAAAGCUAGCAGAAAACAUAAAUAAAUUUUUAAUUAGUGAUAACAAUAUUGCCCAAGUACCUAAGCAAACAGAUAACAACCCUACAGAGCCAGAGACUUCAAUUGAUGAAUUCCUAGGACUUCCGAGUGAAAUUCACAUGUCUGAAGAAGCUAUACAGGACAUAUUGGAACAGACAGAAUCAGACCCAGCAUUUCAGGCACUCUUUGAUCUCUUUGACUAUGGUAAAACAAAGAAUAAUAAAAAUAUAUCACAAAGUAUUUCCAGUCAACCUAUGGAAUCCAAUCCCAGUAUAGUCUUAGCAGAUGAAACUAAUCUAGCAGUUAAAGGUUCUUUUGAAACAGAAGAAUCUGAUGGUCAGUCUGGUCAGCCACCAUUUUGUACAUCCUAUCAGAAUGACGACCCAUUAAAUGCUUUGAAGAAUAGCAACAACCAUGAUGUGCUUAGACAGGAAGACCAGGAAAAUUUUUCCCAAAUAAGCUCCAGCAUACAGAAAAAGGCCUUUAAAACAGCUGUACCCACUGAACAGAAAUGUGACAUUGACAUUACCUUUGAGUCUGUGCCUAAUUUGAAUGACUUUAACCAAAGAGGGAAUUCUAAUGCUGCAUGUAAUCCACAUUGUGCUGAAUUAUACACCAAUCAGAUGUCCACUGAAACUGAAAUGACUAUAGAGAUUGAAAAGAACUCUUUGUCUUCAAAUGUACCAAGUGAAUCUCAAUUACAGCCUGAUCAGCCUGAUAUACCAAUAGCUUCAUUUGUUUCACUUGGUUGUGAAGCUAACAAUGAAAACUUAAUUCUCUCUGGGAAAAGUUCUCAACUUUUAUCCCAAGAUACUUCAUUAACUGGAAAGCCAUCUAAAAAAAGUCAAUUUUGUGAAAAUUCUAAUGAUACAGUAAAACUUAAAACUACUUUUCAUGGUUCCAAGUCACCAGAUUCUAGUGAAAUUCACAAGAGUAAAAUAGAAAUUAAUGUGUUAGAACCAGUUAUGUCACAGCUGUCGAACUGCCAAGAUAAUUCUUGUCUUCAAAGUGAAAUACUACCUGUGUCUGUUGAAAGUUCACAUGUAAAUGUAUCUGAACAACAAGUAGAAAUUCAUCUUCGAGAUUCGCUCUCUUCUGCUAAACAACCGUCUAAUGAUUCAACAUCUGCUGAGUUAAAUCAUACAGAAAAUGAAGCUCAGCCAUCCAAGUCUGAGAAGUCACAAGAGCCUUCAUCUUCUGUAAAAGAAGAGAAUACUAUUUUUCUGUCUUUAGGUGGAAAUGAUAACUGUGAGAAAGUUGCAGUGAUGCCUCCAGAAGGCACUCCUAUAGAAAACAGUCACUCUCUUCCUCCAGAAUCUGUGUGUUCUUCAGUGGGAGAUUCUCACCCUGAGUCCCAAAAUACUGAUGAUAAACCUUCUAGCAACAACUCAGCAGAGAUAGAUGCAUCAAAUAUCGUCUCUCUCAAAGUUAUCAUUAGUGAUGAUCCAUUUGUUUCCUCAGAUACUGAACUUACCAGUGCUGUUUCUAGUAUUAAUGGAGAAAACCUGCCAACUAUAAUCUUGUCUUCUCCUACUAAAUCACCUGCUAAAAAUGCAGAAUUAGUUAAAUGCCUGUCUUCAGAAGAAACUGUAGGUGCUGUUGUAUAUGCUGAAGUAGGGGAUUCAGCCUCAAUGGAACAGAGUCUUUUAGCAUUCAAAUCUGAAGACUCUGCAGUAAACAACACUCAGAAUGAAGAUGGCAUUGCUUUUUCAGCAAAUGUUACACCAUGUGUUUCCAAGGAUGGAGGAUAUAUACAGUUGAUGCCGACCACAAGCACAACUUUUGGCAAUUCAAAUAACAUUCUGAUAGCUACCUGUGUGACUGAUCCAACAGCUUUAGGAACAUCUGUGAGUCAGUCUAAUGUAGUGGUGUUGCCUGGAAAUUCUGCCCCUAUGACUGCCCAACCUCUGCCACCUCAGUUACAGACACCACCAAGGUCAAACAGUGUUUUUGCUGUCAACCAAGCUGUGUCACCAAACUUUUCGCAAGGAUCUGCCAUAAUAAUUGCCUCUCCAGUCCAGCCUGUACUCCAGGGAAUGGUAGGGAUGAUCCCAGUAUCUGUGGUUGGACAGAAUGGAAAUAACUUUUCUACUACUCCUCGGCAGGUUCUUCAUAUGCCUUUGGCAGCACCUGUGUGCAAUAGAAGUAUCCCUCAAUUCCCAGUCCCUCCAAAAUCUCAGAAGGCUCAGGGACUAAGAAACAAGCCUUGUAUAGGAAAACAAGUAAAUAAUUCGGUGGAUUCGUCAGGUCAUUCAGUUGGAUGUCAUGCCCAAAGUUUUGUUUUGUUUUGUUUUAGAACUGAAGUUUCUGACAAGACUAUUGCCACAGAUCUUGGGAAGAAAUCAGAAGAAACCACAGUUCCCUUCCCAGAAGAGAGUGUAGUUCCAGCUGCUAAACCAUGCCACAGACGUGUACUCUGUUUUGACAGCACUGCUGCUCCCGUGGCAAAUACACAGGGGCCAAACCAUAAGAUGGUGUCCCAAAACAAAGAAAGGAAUGCAGUCUCUUUUCCUAAUCUUGACUCACCCAAUGUGUCCUCCACCUUAAAACCUCCUUCUAAUAAUGCUAUCAAAAGAGAGAAAGAGAAGCCUCCUCUGCCUAAGAUUUUAUCGAAAUCGGAAAGUGCCAUUAGCCGGCCUACCACCAUAAGAGAAACUCAAUCAGAAAAGAAAGUUUCACCAACAGAAAUUGUGCUUGAAUCUUUCCAUAAAGCAACAGCUAAUAAGGAAAAUGAAUUAUGCAGCGAUGUAGAAAGGCAGAAAAAUCUAGAAAAUUCGAAACUAUCUAUUGGGCAGCAAAAUGGGGGUUUGCGAAGUGAGAAAUCUGUAGCUUCACUGCAAGAAAUGACCAAAAAACAAGGCACAUCUUCAAACAAUAAAAAUGUCCUUUCAGUAGGUACAGCUGUGAAGGAUCUAAAACAAGAACAAACUAAAUCCACCAGUUCUUUGAUUACCACAGAAAUGUUACAGGAUAUACAGAGGCACAGCUCAGUAAGUAGGCUUGCUGAGAGUAGUGAUUUACCUGUACCCCGGACACAUGGCUCCGGGGCAGGGGAAAAACAUAAAGAAGAACCUAUAGAUGUUAUCAAGGCCCCCUCUAGCAGGCGUUUCAGUGAAGACAGUAGCACAUCAAAAGUAAUGGUCCCUCCUGUCACCCCAGACCUGCCUGCCUGCAGCCCUGCCAGUGAAACAGGCAGUGAAAACAGUGUAAAUAUGGCUGCCCACACAUUAAUGAUUCUCUCCAGGGCAGCCAUUUCUAGGACUACUUCAGCAACUCCUCUGAAAGAUAACACACAACAGUUUAGAGCAUCUUCAAGGAGCACCACAAAAAAGCGGAAAAUUGAGGAAUUAGAUGAACGUGAGCGCAACUCUCGUACUUCUAGUAAAAACCUUACAAAUUCAUCAGUACCAAUGAAAAAGAAGAAAAUUAAGAAAAAGAAGCUUCCCAGUUCAUUUCCAGCAGGAAUGGAUGUAGACAAAUUUUUAUUAUCAUUGCAUUAUGAUGAGUAAACAUUCUGGGCACAUAAGAACAGUAGGUGUUCAAAACUCGUAUCCCUUAAACUGAGUGUAGGGAAUGGGAUAUUGACAGAAUUUGAAAGCAUGACCUGCACUUUGAUUGUACUGAAAUUUCACUUUAUAUCUAAAUCAUGCUGUUUCUAAAACAGCUUCCGAGUUUGUAAAUAGACUUACUUGGUUUAUUUUUAUUUUGGGAAAAACAUUUGCAGAAAUGUAAGUAAAGCCAAUCUGCAAAACUGUAUAGCUUUGACAAUUCCAUAUUGUAAAUACUGUGUAAAUCUUGUUGAAAUAGACUUAAAUCAACCUAAUGUGUUUUUUGACUUCUUAUAAUCUCUAAUUCUAAGACUUACUCAUCUGGAAUAGUUUCUCACUUGUUUUGGAGGAAAAUGAUGCUUACUCUUAUAAAUUACCUUCAGUAACUGUUCAACAAGACAUUUAAAUACACAGCCACUAAGUACUACAAAAUGAUAACCACCUCAACCGAUAGCAAAAUAUCUAAUUAGAAAUCAAUAGUUUGAUGAGUUUUUUCCUAGAGUGAAUACUACCCCUUUCUUGUAAUUGCUGUAAGUAUUAUAUUUCUGGAAUUUUACACUUUACCUGUUUCUUCUGAUCCCUCUGUUCUCUGUUUUAAAGAGAGAAUUUUGUAAACCAUUUAUUGAAUGUUCUGAUCUUUCAUUUAUAACUUUUAAGAUUUUUACAGGACUUUAAGUGGUUAGACUAUUGAGCCAUAAAAAGUUUGGUUUGUAGUAGAGAUUUCUCGAUAUGUACUUUUCCCCUAAAUGCUGGGGAUUUAAAGAAUUGCACUAAUUCAUAGAACUCUUUACAUUGUAGUGACCAAUGCACAUAUAAUUUAAAUCUUGUAUUCUAUGUGAAAGUUUAUGUGGAGGAUUAUCUUCUGGUAUUGUGUCCAUCAUAAGAUGUAAAAAGAGAAAUCAUAGUUUUAUAUUUUAGUUUCUCCUACAAUGGGGUAUGUUAAAUAACUAUAUCUAUACUUAGAUACAGUGCAUUGUCUGUGUCCCUUAAAGUGUUACAAAGAGUUUCUCUCAAAAGGUCCUUAAGGAGAGUUGAGAGAUGAGAGAGGUGCCUUCUCUGUAUUAGACUCACACACAUCAGUCAAGUUGAAGAAUUGGUUUAAACUUUUAAAUGAGAACAGAAAUUAUAAUUAGUACCUGACCAAUUGUGCCUAGAUAUUAAAGUAUGUUCUCUUUAGUACGUUCCGUUCAAUUAAAUAUCAGUAUAUUAGGGAUUUUUUUCUACAGGUGUAUAUUUUGUGUAAAGAGUCAGUUUCCUCAACCAUUUUUUUGUACUGGGCCUUAAAAAAAAUCCAUCCAACCUUAACACAACAUUUCUCAGUGUAGAAAUCAUGUCUUCUUAAUUGCUGAACCUUACUGCAAAAACUUGUGAUGUAAGAAAUUUUUAUGAUGUGGCAGUGGUCUAUUCCUGAGAAACUAAAUAUCAUAUAGUUAAUGUUUAUUUAACUCAACUUGAGAUUGUACUACAGUUAGGUUUGAAUAAAUAUUUUCAUUAACUUCA